AUGGGGACGUGGAGAGUGGUUUUUACUAGGAUUUAUGCUAGCCCCUGUGAGACAAAAAGAAGAGAAAUGUGGGAAAAUCUGACCAACUUAGCAGAGAAGAUCACUUCCCCAUGGCUCCUUACUGGAGACUUCAAUGAUAUUUUGAAUGAAGAGGAGCAAAAAGACAGAGGAGGAGCAAAUAUGAAGAAAUGUGCUUGGUUUAGAGCUAACUUAGAUAGAUGUAAGCUUCUAGACCUGGGAUCAGAGGGACCCAAGUGCACUUGGAGAGGUCUACGAACUGGCUUUAAAGGAAGACUAUAUAAAAGAUUAGACUGGAAACUUAGAAAUAUCCAGUGGAGGAACAGGUUCUACGAUGUGCGAGUCAAAGUCAGACCAAGAGUUGGGUCUGACCACCACCCCUCCUAG